AUGAGCAAACGCGUCGGCGGACACGACGUACAUCGUCCGGCAACGCAAAAGCUACCAGCGGAGCCGAAAACUCUCUUCCUUCUCUUCCUACUCUUUCUUGGCCUGCAAGUCUUCCACAAGGUGCGCUUGGUCUGCAUAAUCAACCGCGUUAUAGCCCAGAUGUCCUGGCAGUUCUUCCUCCACCAACACGACCACCGACUAGAACAGACUGCUACACAUGAAUUCAGCCGUACGGAGGAUGUCAAGUUCGACAAUUAUAGCCUCAUCGUCAGAGGACAGCGGUUGUUCUUACAUUCCGGUGAAUUCCAUACAUGGAGGCUUCCGGUACCUUCGUUAUGGCCAGACAUUCUGGAGAAGGCCAAAGCUGCGGGGCUCAGCGCCAUUAGCAUCUACGUUCAUAUGGGCCUCAGCAACCCGUCACGCGGCGUUACGGACUUCGAGGGAUUCAGGGCUCUGAAGCCAUUGUACGAAGCCGCGAUGGCGGCGGGGCUGUGGGUUGUUGUCAGACCCGGACCGUACAUCAACGCCGAGACGUCUGCAGGAGGGAUAGCGCACUGGGUGACGACGGAGGUUGGAGGUCGGCUACGGACGAAUGACUCGGAAUGGUCUCAAGCUUGGACGAAGUAUAUUGAAGCUGUUGUCCGCGAAACGGCGGCAUAUCAGAUUCAUCGUGGUGGUCCCGUUAUUGGGCCGCAACAGAGAAGGCCCUCUCUGCUCAUCUUUCUCAAAGAUAACGAGUUUACUCAAAACUAUACUGGACACGGAGAGUACUACGAAGAACUCCUUGCUGCAUUUCGUAAUGGUGGUAUCGAGGUCCCACUGACCUACAACGACCCAAAUCAAGCUGGAAACUUCAUCAACGGGACAGUGCGUGCAUCUGGCUUCGUUUCCUUCCGCCUAAUCAUCUUCCUGCGAAGGGUGCUGUGGAUCUCUACGGGUGAAGUACCGCGAGCAUAUUGUCAGCUAUUAUCUAACUGGAUGGCAAGACUUGACUCAUACCCUCAACGAUUCGACUGCUCGCAUCCUUCAACUUGGCGACCUGUUGUGGACAACUAUCAUGAAUACCACCAGCGAGUGAAUCCAUCUCAGCCAUGGUAUAUUCCUGAGUUCCAAGCAGGUUCGUUUGACGCCUGGGGACCCAAUUCUCCCGGUUAUGGACCUUGUGGUGUUCUUACUGGACCGGACUUUCAAUCGGUUUUCAAUAUGGAUCUUUGGGCAAGCAACGCGAAACUGAUCAAUUAUUAUAUGCUCUACGGGUAUUGGGACGAGUUGGGGUGGCCUUCCUUUCCCGUGAGUGUUUCCCGUCUCACUUACUCUCCGUCUGCUAACAACACUGAUGUUAGCGGCGUUUAUACCUCGUAUGACUAUGGGGCUGCGAUAUCUGAGUCCCGUGCAUUAACGUCGAAAUACGACGAGCUCAAGCUGCAAGGGAUGUUUAUUCGCUCAUCUCCGGAGUUUGCGAAAACUGAGUGGGUAGCGGACUCGCGCACUGGUUUGACCGUGUCAAGCAACCCCGCUGUUUUCGUCACAAAACUCCAAAACCCCGACUCCGGUGCCGGAUUUUGGGUAGCACGACAAACAAACUCGAUAUCCAAUCUUACCGUCGAUUUCAAGUUAUUGCUUGAAACGCUGACCGCUGGAGGAAAUCUAUGGGUUCCUCUAGCUGCGCCAGCGUUGACGCUGUCUGGCCGCGAAGCCAAGACGAUUGUCACGGAUUACCACUUCGGCACACGCCCAGAUUCGUUGCUCGUUUACUCUACCGCUAGAAUAUUCUUUGCGGGGACCAUCGGCAAUCGAGAUGUGCUCUUGUUACAUGGCAGAGCCGACCAAAGCCACGAGUUUGCGAUGACGAUGACUGGGGUGCCAAAUCCGUGGUUCCAUGCGCCGGAGGCAAAAUAUAAUGUCGUUCUAGCGGAUGGCCGUUUGGGGACGGUGAUAUCAAUCCUUUCGGGAACGGCUGGAGGUCUCAUAACGAUCCACGACUCCGACACUCAGCUCGUCCUCUUCGCGGAUAGCGAGACUGCACAAACCUUCUGGGCUCCUGGUCUCUCCUCAAACACCGAUCCAUUCGGCAACUUUUGGGGUAUUGGCACCAACUCGAGUGUACUUGUUGGUGGACCAUACCUCGUUCGUAGCGCGACUCUGGGGGACAACGGAACAAGUCUUGCUUUGAGGGGCGAUUUGGCGGCAGAGGUUCGCUUCACGGCUAUCCUCCCGCCUAGCAUCCGACGCAUAUCAUGGAAUGGGAUCCCACUCGGAGCGCCAGACUCUCUAACCUCAAACGAAAGCAUCAAGUCAUAUCGUCUCCCAAUCCGUGCUUCGGCUACCUCCGUCGUCGUCCCGGAGCUGACCGGAUGGCGAUAUGCAGACAGCCUUCCGGAGGCAGACAUUAACUUCGACGAUACCAAGUGGACUGUGGCGAAUAGGACCGAGACAAACGUCCCCCAAAAGAGAUGCUGUAUGGCGAUGGGCGCAUUCUGUACGGAUGCGAUUACGGUUUGUGGGUGCCUUACUUUAUCCUAUUCUGUCGAUUUGAUCGCCGUCAGCUGCGAGAAUAUUGUGUUAUGGCGCGGACACUUCAACGUUGCGCAAGGCCAUGAACCUACGCAUCUUAAUCUAUCCAUCAACGGCGGCCAAGCAUUUGCGGCCAGUGUGUGGCUAAAUGAAAACUUCUUGGGGACAUCAUACGGAAACUCGACGAACAAUAUGAAUGUGAUAGAAGAGACAGACGACAAAUUCCUUCUACCUGGCAAUUCGUUGAGAGCAGGGGAGAAUGUCGUUACCGUUGUUCAAGACAACAUGGGUUUAAACGAGACUGACGGCAAUAAUGCUGAUAGCUCCCGAAAUCCGCGCGGCAUUCGCGGCUUCUCCCUCGACCGAGGACAGUUUGGCUCAUGGAAGGUGCAAGGGAAAGUUGGGGGAUACACAGGGCAAGUAGUCCCAAGACAAGAGAGGACGGUGCUCAAACUACCCACCGAUAGAUUUCCCGACAAAACACGCGGCAUUUUCAACGAAGGCGGUCUGUUCGGUGAGCGGCGUGGUUGGCAUCUUCCUGGCUUCGAUACGUCCUCCUGGCUCGCGCGCGAACUCGAUCUGGGCAUUCCGGGAGAUGUAGCUGGAAUUGCCUUCUUCAUAACGGAUUUCACGCUGAGCAUCCAGCCGUUCCUCGAUGUGCACCUGUCCUUCCACUUCGAGGACACACUGGGCCAGCCGUACCGCGCGUAUUUGUUCGUCAAUGGGUGGAUGAUGGGCAAACGAAUUGCGAAUUUAGGCCCGCAGGCCAAGUUCCCCGUUCACCAAGGAAUACUUGACUACCAAGGGCAAAACACUGUCGCCGUAGCAUUAUGGGCAAUGGAGGAUGUACCCGUUCGGCCGAAGCUCAGGCUCAUUGUCGAUCAGGUGUACGAUUCAGCAUUAGAGGGCAUCACAAGCGACAAUCCACCGUGGUCGAAUGUAGGCCGAGAAUACCUGUGA